AUGGACACACUGCAGGCUCCUCUCCAGCCGCUAGCCGACAAUUUGGAGUCUGAAACCUACGAGCUGUUUGAGACCGAUCCGGUCAAGUACGCAAGAUACCAGGAUGCAAUCCUUCUCUUCCUCAAGGACCGUCUGGCACAGGGGCGAGCAGCGCCGUUUGUUGUCAUGGUACUUGGAGCUGGGAGAGGGCCCUUGGUUGAAGCUGCCCUCAAAGCGGCCCAGCGAGCAGAGGUGGAGGUUCAGCUGUAUGCCGUUGAAAAGAAUCCGAAUGCUGUCCAUGCGCUGCGCCACCGCAAGCGACGCGAUGGAUGGGACUGCGUGGAGGUCAUGCCGGGUGACAUGCGCACUUGGACGGCGCCUAAAAAAGCUGAUGUCAUUGUGAGCGAGCUGCUGGGUUCCUUUGGUGACAAUGAGCUCAGCCCAGAGUGCCUGGAUGGUGCGCAGCGAUUCCUAGCAGCUGACGGAGUUUGCAUACCCACCAGCUACACAGCUGUGCUGACACCAGUCUCAGCACCGGGACUAUGGGCGGAUGCGCGGCAGGGUGCAGCAGGAGGUGGAUUGGCGGAUUUGGAGACGGCCUACGUUGUGUACUUGCACCAUGCCUUCUUUCCUUGCAGCGCAUUCAAGGACUGCUUCCACUAUCAGCAUCCAAACUGGGAGGGGAAAAGCAAUGAUCGCUGCGCCAACUUGGAUUUUGAGAUCGAGGUAGACUCCCUGGUCCAUGGCUUUGCAGGCUUUUUCGACUGCGUGCUGUAUGGAACAGAACGAAUCUCCAUCCACCCAGAGACUUUCUCGGUGGGCAUGUUCAGCUGGUUUCCGAUGUUUUUCCCGCUUCAUCAUCCACAAUACCUCACGAAGGGCAGCGUCGUCAGGAGCCACUGGUGGAGACGGCAUGAUGCCCACAAGGUGUGGUAUGAAUGGGCGAUCUCGGAGCCCGCCCCGACCAAAGUGCAGAAUUUGGGUGGAAGAUCCUGGCCGAUAGGUUUGCUUUGA